GACCCCAUAGCUUGCCAUAGACCUGCUCAUCUCUCACUAUUAGACAUGGCGAUUCCAGUCAUCGAUUUCUCCAAAUUGGAUGGCAGGGAGAGGGCUGAAGCUCUAGCUAAGAUUGCUAAUGGAUGUGAGGAGUGGGGAUUCUUUCAGCUGGUGAACCAUGGGAUUCCGGCGGAGCUUCUUGAACGUGUGAAGAAGGUGUGCUCUGAAUGCUACAUGUUGAGAGAGGAAGGCUUCAAAGAAUCCAUGCCUGUCCAGCUGCUGAACAAAUUGGUGGACCAAGAAAUAGAGGGGGGCACUGUUAAGAGUUUGGAAGAGGUGGAUUGGGAGGAUGCGUUUUUUCUCCAGGAUGAUAAUGAAUGGCCAUCUAACCCACCAGAGUUCGAAGAGACCAUGAUGGAGUACCGGAAAGAGGUCAAGAAGCUGGCGGAGAAAGUAAUGGAAGCCAUGGAUGAGAACCUGGGCUUGGAGAAAGGCUACAUCAAGAAAGCAUUCUCCAAUAAUGGCGAACACGAGCCCUUCUUCGGCACCAAGGUGAGCCACUACCCUCCAUGCCCACGCCCUGACCUCGUCAACGGCCUCCGUUCCCACACCGACGCCGGCGGCGUCAUCCUCCUCUUCCAGGACGACCGAGUCGGCGGCCUCCAGAUCCUCAAACACGGCCGCUGGAUCGACGUCCAGCCCUUGGAGAACGCCAUCGUCAUCAACACCGGCGACCAGAUCGAGGUGGUGAGCAACGGGCGGUACAAGAGCGUCUGGCACCGCGUGCUCGCCACUCCGGACGGCAACCGCCGCUCCAUUGCGUCCUUCUACAAUCCCUCCUUCAAAGCUAUGAUUGCUCCGGCGGUCACCAAGGAAGUGGAGGCUUGUGCUUCGUACCCCAAGUUUGUCUUUGGGGACUACAUGGAUGUGUACGUUAAGCGCAAGUUCGAGCCAAAGGAGCCAAGGUUUGAAGCAGUGGCAACAAUGUGAGAGGAAAAAGAAGGUGAUCAUACUAGUGUGAAUUAUUGCUAGGUUUUACGUAUGUAUAAUUUUAUGUGGGUAGUCUGUACGUUAUCGUACCCACAUGCGUGGAAGUACGUAGAGUCUUGCUGUGUGUUUGUUUUUGGGUUAACGUGUUUCCUGACCUAAGAACGUUUGGUGUUGUUUCAUGCAAGCGAUCGACCAUCCAAAUGGGAUGAGCAGCGUUAAGAUUCGGGUUUGGUCUGAUGUGAUGGAAAGGUUUGGUGGCUAGUAUGGACCCACAUGAGGGCCAUCGGCUGCAUCCAUCCACUGCCAAACAUCUAAAUCAUAAAGGAGAUGAUCCCUUGUUUCUUUUCCU